UCGGCGUAGCGUUUGUUGCGCAGCCGCGGAGACCUGGGUACACAAGUGGCCUGGCGGAGCUGCGGGUGGGCGACCGGGCCAUGAACCUAGGAGAUGGCUUAAAGCUUGAAACUGAAUUAUUGGAUGGAAAAACCAAGCUAAUACUGUCUCCAUAUGAGCAUAAAUCAAAAGUUUCUGUGAAGAUGGGAAAUAAGAUCAAGAUUGCAAAAUGUCCUUUAAGAAUAAAACAGACUGGACACAUUCUAAGAUCAACACAGAAUUCUUACAUUGGGAGUGAAAACGUUUUUCAAAAGAAGACAAUCAGUUCAGAAACUUCACAGGCAAGAUCUGAGAAAAGCAGAUUGCCAUUUUCACCGUCUCAGGAUUCAUGUCAGCAGCAUGCAGAAAAAGACUGUUUUCAUUUCCCGAAAGAGUCUUCACCUGCAGCCUCUACCGUCCAGAAGAUUAUAAACACCGCAGAUAAAUGCCGAGUGGCUCAACAGAAGCCUUGCAAAACACACACCAGCGAAAACAUGAACAGCAGUGUGGUGUGUCUAACCCAAGACCAACUACAACAGAUUUUGAUGAGUGUGAGCCAAGGAAAUGGAUCCGUGUCCCUAGCUGAAAACGGAAAGAAGGAAAAAGCAAGCCGAGACAGUUUCCAGCUAAUCAGUGUCCCUAGCCAGUCGAAGAGUGUGAAUGCCACAGGGUCACUGCAGAAGACGGAGGCCGUUUCACCUGUCUCAGAUGAAGGGAAGUGUGUCCUCAGUAGAGCUCAAGAGGCCCUUCAGCAGUGUGAGAAGAAAAUGGCCAUAGAGAGUGAGUGGAAGCCAGCUGACAUAUUCAGUACUCUGGGGGAACGGGAGCGCGACAGAAGUUUGUUGGAAGCCAGAAGAGCGCAGUGGAAGAAAGAGCUGGAUGAACAGGUUGCCUUAAAAAGGAAAGAAAAAGAAGCUUCUCAAAAAUGGAAUGAUCCUUGGAAAAAAUCCGAAAUAGAAUGUGAGAAACUUCAAAUCCUUGACCAAUCUAAGGGCGAGGAACAUGACAGAUGGGCAGUGCACUCUGAUUCCUUAACGAGUCAUGCUGGUUCUCAAUUUCGGCUGUCCUGUCAGCGAACACACCAACACUCGGAGUCCUGUUGUGUCUCUCCUGACACUCAGGAGCUGACUGAUGUCCACAGUGUUUACACACCUUCACUUGCCAUCCAGCUGGAACCUUCAGAAGAACAGAGAGCCAAACCUGUUACGGAUAUGACUGUGUCAUACAGUCAGAAAACAAACUUUCUCCGUUCUAUGACUGCACUCUUGGACCCAGCACAGAUUGAGGAGCGGGAAAAACGCCGGCACAAGCAAUUAGAACAUCAGAAAGCAAUCAUGGCUCAGGUAGAAGAGAAUCGCAGGAAGAAGCAACAGGAAGAAGAACAAAGAAAGAAGGAAGAGCAGGAAGAGGAGCAGCGCUUGGCUCGGGAACGGGAGGAGAUGCAGAGGCAAUAUGAAGAGGAUAUUCUGAAGCAGAAGCAGAAGGAAGAAAUCAUGACUCUAAAGACAAAUGAGCUGUUCCACACCAUGCAGCGCGCUCAGGAGUUGGCACAGAGACUGAAACAGGAGCAGAGGAUCCGAGAAUUGACUCAGAAAGGACAUGAUGCAUCCAGGCUGAUUAAAAAUCUUGGCGCAAUAGUGGAUUAUAAGGCAUCCACUACCAUUUCCAGUUCAGGAAGAGAUGCUGAGGAGACUGCUGAAGAAACCCAUGCAACUACCCCUUCCACAAACUCUCCCAGGACGGACAUUGGCGUGCAGACAGAUGACUUAAAUUUAGGAAUUUUCAACGAGCUACAACACUGUGGAUCAUUAACAGAGAGGGGCACUAGAAACUUUUCUUCUCCAGAGAUUUCUACAGAAUUUAAUGGACAUACCAGCACUAAAAAAGACAAGCAAGAACUAAGUAUUGCUAAAGGCACUUAUUUAGACAAAGAAACCAGCUGGCCCAAUGGCCAGUAUAAUCAGUACAGAAGAACAGAGAAACAAACAAAACAUAUUAUGAAGAAAUGUCCUAAAAAGCCCGCUUGGAAUAUAAACAAGCCUCUGAAAAGGUAUGUCCCUGCAUCAGCAAGGUACCCCAUCCAUCUCCAAAAGGAGAAAGAAGAAAAAAAGUUAAGAAGGCAGAUGGAGCUGCUUCACUUACUAGAGAGAAACAACCCUGAGAACCUCUUCCAAAAUAGAGGCCCUUCCCCACAAGUUCUUGCACCAUCUCAUCGAGAAACUGAGUCAGAGAACAGGUUGCAGCUAAUCAAAAAGGCAGAAGAACCUCUGAAAACUCCUUCAGAUAUUAAAGAAUGGUUCCAGUUAUCACCAGCAAUAAAGAGUAAAACUCAGCAAACUCAGACUGAUUCAGUACACUCGCCAUUAAAAAAUAGUGACUAUGAAAAAGAGAACCUGGCCUUAGGAGAUGGUCAAACUUCGUUAUCAGAGGAGAUGUCUGGAACAACUCACUUUAUUCCUUAUGUUCGAACAAAUGAGAUCUAUUAUCUUGAUCCAGAUGCACCUUUGUCUAGGCCAUCAACACAAGAGAACCAAUACCAAAAAUCUCAUGAUUGUGACCAACAACAAGAGCUAUUUGACUCUGACCAUACCAGGGAUCCACUUCUUAAUCCUAAAUUGGUGAAAAACAGGGAUCGACAGCAAGCUAUCCUUAAGGGGCUUUCAGAAUUAAGACAGGGUCUUCUCCAGAAACAAAAGGAGCUGGAAACGAAUCUCAUACCCUUAACUGCAAACCAAGAAGAUAAUUUUAGUUCUUCAUUUUAAAUAUGCUCACCACUCAACUGCAUUUUCCAAGCA